AUGCGUUCUUAUCAUUUCUUCAUCCCAAUUAGUCUUGCACUUACCAUCCUUCCAUGCCUGGGCGCGUCGGUUACGGGUUCCGUCACGAUUGACGAACCUGCUGAGCCAACUGUCGACCAGCGGCCGGUCUUACUCACUAGUCAGACUGAAGACGGAGCAUCGGAAGCAAUUCCUCAGUCCGACAGUGCCGCGGAUAUUGAUGAGCAUCUUCCCGUCUCACACCUCCGCCGAGCUUCUGGUGAGGUGACCAAAAGCCUCGAAUACCGAUGUGGGGAGAAAUGGGGAAGAUGCCCCAGUGGGACCUGUUGCUCGAGUGUCGGUUUCUGUGGCACGACCAAGGCACAUUGCCGGUCUCCAGACUGUCAGAUUGAUUUUGGCAAUUGCGACGCUCAUAAAACCCCCAAGGGUCCUCCUACUAAGGAAAUCCUACGUCCUCACAUCGGCGCAGUUCCGUACGGACCUGAGGAGAUCCGUUCUUGUGCGGUGCCCGGCACCGUUGCUCUGACAUUCGACGAUGGCCCUACCCGAUAUACCAACGAUCUGCUAGACCUGCUGGACAAGUACGAAGCGCCAUCCACCUUCUUCAUAACCGGAAUCAAUAAUGGUAAAGGCCAGAUCGACGAUCCGGAUCUUCCGUGGGCCGCCUUGAUUGAACGUAUGCUCCUCAGUGGGCACCAGGUGGCCAGUCACACCUGGUCUCAUGAAGAUCUCAGCAAGGUGACAGCUGUACAACGUGCAGACCAGAUUGAGAAGAAUGAAGCUGCGCUUCGCAAUGUCAUGGGAAGCUUUCCCACCUAUAUGCGUCCUCCCUAUUCCAGUUGUGCUAAGGAUUCUGGCUGCCGCGAGCAUUUGGGAAAGUUGGGUUAUCACAUCAUCUUGUAUGACAUUGAUACCGACGACUACAAGAACGAUCAUCCGAACUUGAUUCAACGCUCAAAGGACAUCUUCGACCAAGCUCUGUCCGCUGCUAGUCCCGCAUCCAAGUCAUGGCUCAUCAUUGCUCACGAUGCUCACGAGCAGACGGUCCAUAAUUUGACAGAACACAUGUUGAAGACGAUGGCGCGUCUCGGCUACCGUCCCUCCACAGUCGGUGAUUGCCUCAAAGACCCUCGGGAGCUAUGGUACCGCAAAGACAGCCGCUGGCCAGGUCACCGCAAGAAGAAGGGCCCCAAGAAGGCGGCUCCUAUGCAGAUUUCUGUUGACGGUACUUGUGGAAAGAACUAUACCUGUCUGGGCUCCAGUUUUGGUAUCUGCUGUGGCAACUGGAGCACGUGCGGGAAUUCAACUUCGCAUUGUGGCCCUGGCUGCCAGAAAGAGGCCGGAUAUUGUACAAUCGAGGCACCACCAAACGGAGAUGCAUGGGAUCCCAAUUUUCCGCACAAGAGCGGCAAGUCGGAGGCCGAUUCGGACUAUCGCAGUGUUGGUACUGCGGCCGCGACGUCGCUCUUCUUAGCAAUGAUGGUGGCGUUUUGGAUGUAA